AUGGCUGAAGCGAGCGCUGCUGUGGCCGAGGCUAAGCCCGAUGCAAAGACGGUGCAGGUCCUGCGGGACAUGGCCAACCGCCUGCGCAUCCAUUCCAUCAGGGCCACGUGUGCCUCCGGCUCCGGCCACCCCACAUCGAGCAGCAGUGCUGCUGAGAUCAUGUCCGUGUUGUUCUUCCACACGAUGAGGUACAAACAGUCAGACCCAGAGAACCCGGACAACGACCGCUUCGUCCUCUCGAAGAGACUGUCGUUUGUUGAUGUGAUAUCUGGCUGGCUGGAGCAAGGACUAGGCGCUGCAUGUGGCAUGGCGUAUACCGGCAAGUACUUUGACAAGGCCAGCUACCGGGUCUUCUGCCUGAUGGGAGAUGGUGAGUCCUCGGAAGGCUCUGUCUGGGAGGCUUUGGCCUUCGCUUCCCACUACCACCUGGACAACCUCGUGGCGAUCUUCGACGUGAACCGCUUGGGGCCGAGCAGCGCCCUGCCCCUUGAGCACUGCACAGCCAUCUACCAGAAGCGCUGCGAGGCCUUCGGGUGGAACACUUACGUGGUGGACGGCCAUGACGUGGAGGCGCUCUGCCAGGCAUUUUGGCAAGCAUCUCAAGUGAAGAACAAGCCCACGGCUGUGGUGGCCAAGACCUUCAAGGGCCGGGGGAUUCCAAACGUUGAAGGUGCAGAGAAGUGGCAUGGAAAGCCAAUGCCGAAGGAAAGAGCAGAUGCAAUUAUCAAGUUAAUUGAGAGCCAGAUAGAAACCAGCAAGGAUCUUGUGCCGAAGCCCCCUAUUGAAGACUCACCUCAAAUCAACAUCACGGAUAUAAAACUGACCACUCCACCGGCUUACAAAGUUGGUGACAAGGUGGCUACUCGGAAAGCUUAUGGUCUGGCUCUGGCUAAGCUGGGCCAUGCAAACAAGAGAGUCAUUGCCCUGGACGGUGACACCAAGAACUCCACCUUCUCUGAGAUGUUCCAGAAAGAGCACCCCGAGCGGUUCAUCGAGUGUUUCAUUGCUGAGCAGAACAUGGUGAGUGUGGCCCUGGGCUGUGCCACACGUGGGCGAACCAUUGCUUUCGCUAGUACCUUCGCUGCCUUUUUGACCCGAGCGUUUGAUCAGAUCCGUGUGGGAGCCGUCUCUCAAACCAAUGUCAACCUUGCUGGUUCUCACUGCGGGGUGUCUGUCGGUGAGGACGGACCCUCGCAGAUGGCACUGGAGGACCUGGCCAUGUUUCGCGUCAUCCCCAGUUGCACUAUUUUCUAUCCAAGCGAUGCUGUUUCCACAGAACAUGCUGUUUAUCUGGCCGCCAACACCCAGGGAAUGUGCUUCAUCCGGACCACCCGUCCAGAAACUGCGGUGAUUUAUGCCCCAGAAGAACGCUUUGAGGUUGGGCAGGCCAAGCUCGUCCGCCACAGUGCCAGUGACAAGGUCACAGUUAUUGGAGCUGGGGUGACUCUGCACGAAGCCUUGGAAGCUGCUGAUGAGCUUUCUAAAGAAGGGAUUUCGAUCCGCGUCAUCGACCUGUUUACCCUUAAACCCCUGGAUGCUGCCACCAUCAUAUCCAGUGCAAAAGUCACAGGCGGCCACGUUAUCACUGUGGAGGAUCACUACCGAGAAGGUGGCAUUGGGGAAGCCAUCUCUGCAGCUGUUGCUAUGGAGCCUGACAUCCUGGUCCAUCAGCUGGCAGUGUCGGGAGUGCCGCAGAGCGGGCCACCGAGCGACUUGCUGGACAUGUUUGGAAUCAGCGCCAGGCACAUCAUAGAGACCGUGAGGCGCAUCGUAAAUAAACCAGUAGAGCUGAUUUCUUAGAAAGCUGCUCAGCUGCCUUGGUCUUAGGACUCUGGCAUCUUUACAUUGCAUUCAUGUUUCUUGUUACAAAACCAUGUUUUAAAUGCAUACCACUAAGUUUUUCUCUUUUGAAAAGCAAAGCCGGUUCACACCUUUGUUCAUUCCUAAUCCAGAAAUUCAAGUUAGCUACUUUUCUGUUAAACCGCAGCUCUGGAGACAGAUGUCACUCUCAUUUUUGAGUCAUUAAAGUGGGCUAUAAAAUUGUAAGGAACAGAAUAGCAAGCAAAACUACCACUGUCCCAGUUGCAGCCUCAUCUGCUGCCAUCCUACCUGCAGCUUCUGGGAUAACGUGUGUUUGCAGUCACCUUAGAAUGUCCUUUGUUGUUUGCUGUCAUCUCCCCUGUUAGGAUGUCCUGCGCCGCUUGCGGUGACUGCUCUGUAAGAGAUGAAAUUACAACUGGUUUUAGGCUGCGAAUGAGAAACGUGACCACAGCAGACUACUAACUUGAUUAUAUUCAGAUACAAAGGAUACUAGUUAGACUUAGUGUUAAUAAAGCAUCUGAAAAGCAGCUGCUUGAUUCAGUGUGUGUCUUGUAUGUGUGAUUUGGUGUCUUGCUGAUAAAACCCUGAGGAAGAUAAAAACACAAGGAAGAAGCUUCUUUCUGAAUCAGCAGCCCAGAGAGCCCUGUCCCCCAGCAGUAAACCUGGAGAAAGGGAACCCCAGAGAUGCAUUGCUAACGAACAGAGUGUGACCUGAAAGGCUGUCCCUUGAACUGGAACACAAGAUAAAGAUGAGCC